GAGCCGAGCUCGCCGAGCCCGCCGAGAGAGACCGGACCUCCUUACGCGCGAGAAAACUCGCCGCGAGAUGCUUUUUAGGUCACCGACGGUCUGCACGUAGGGACGGUGCGAAUGAUCGAUCGCCGAUUCGGUUAAGGCGAUGCGGCCAUGCGGGAUGGGCGGGAUUUUUCACGAGUUUUCGAUACCGUUAUUUAACUCGCUAAUUGGAUACAGGGAACGACUGGACGGGAUAUCGGGCCGAUUCGAGCGAUUCUGUCUCUCGGGUUGUUCGUCAAUCCCUUCGAUUGUUUCUCGUAAUUUCUACCCCGAGCGAGCGUCUAUUGCCGGGCUGAGCACAUCUGUGUCGAAUAAAACCGUGGAUUAUUGUAUGUUUAACGGGGGUCGAAUAAUCGGUCGCUCCCGGCGAAUCGUUAAUCCGGCAAGUUCUCGUAAUUGCGACGUGACGCAAUCGGGGAUAAUUAACCUAUUGCAACUCGGCGGCGGGAACAGCUGAUAAAUCUUUAACGCGGUUCGGGGACUCGCUUAACGAAAACGUUAUGCAAGGAGAUUGGGCGAGACGGGAACGAUUCGUGUUAUGGGAUAAUCGUUCACGGAGAACACACCUACAGGUUGUACUGUUCGGGGUCUUUAUUCCGGGACAAUGUGCCGAAUAUUAACGAGUCCACCCGUACUUAACGGACAAUGCCGACAAUAAAUUGCCCUCGAAAAUCCGCGUGACCGAGUCCGGGGGUCGUAUCCUGUCUUCGCUCCUGCCCCUCCUUUCCUUUCAUUCAAGGUCAACUAUAAUCGGGGAAAUUAACGGCACGGAUUAUUAAUAAACAUCGAUAAUGGCUCUAAAUGGCUAAAAAUUCCUAUUUCGUGCGGCCGCAAACCGCAGCCGAAAAUUCCGAUCGCGAUUCCGGGUUUUGCAGAAAAGAAUGCAGCCAUGCUCGGCGCUCGGCGUUGCCAUUCGCGGCGUUGCCGGUUGUCCUUCCAAGUCCAGCGGUUGCCAAACUCGGUUCGCGGCUGCGUGCGCGCGCAUCGAUCUCUCGAGGAUCCCGAAAGCGCAAACCGACGCCACCGAGGAAUUCCAGUUUCAAUUUUGAAUUCCGAGACCGGGACCAAUGACAUUGAAUGUUUCUCAGGAAUUGACCCAACGCGGUGCUUUCAAGCGGUCACCCGUCCAAGCACCGACCGCACCCAAGGUCGCUUAACUUCGGGAAUUUCUUCGACCACGGUAGCUCGAGUUCGCUGCCUCGGUUUCACUAUUUCGUUUCGUUAUCGUGACAUCGGUUAAUCAGGAAAGGGGAAGGAGAGGGGGGAUUGAAAUAGCGAGUCACGGAGGGAAGAGGGGGGAGCUAUCGUUACCCCACUCUGAGGGAGCGAGAGGCUGGCGCGUUUCACAUUUUCGUUUCCUCCUCAGUUGGUCUCCACUCGUGGAGUGAGGUUAACGGGAAAGCGAGGCUGUCGCGUUUCGCAUUCUCGUUUCGUACGCGUUCGUCGUUGCAAAUAGGGGGAAGGGUUAGCAUGCCGAAGAAAACUAGCACGGAGCGCGUAAGAGCGUUUCGGGAAAGGAAACGCGCACAAAGGCCACCUAAAAAGGCUCCGAAGACUCCCCUGCAACGUCUGAGGGAAUUCAGAGCGCGACAAAAAGCUCGCAAAUGUGGCAUCCCGUUGGACUAUACGGAAUCGUCGGUUCAAACCCCAACGAUGGACAACUUCAACGAUAUAGUCAAUCCCUCAACGAGCAGUGAUACGUUAACGAUCGCGCCUCCGUUUUCACGAGUAACCUGGCUACCGUGCAGAGAUUUCGAUACGAAUAAGAUGGAGAAUGUUUAUGUUAAAUCGGAGAGUGUCCAUGACCAAGAUUCGACGGAAUUAGAAUAUCCAGCCGACGAGCGCGAUAACGAGCCGGGCCUCCCUGAGCGACAGACUGCGGAAUCGUCCUUCUACCCCGAAGGUCCAUUCGCGAUACCGAAACUGGAAAUGGCGAGAAGACUCUCCGAACCAUCCGAGAUUCGAGUCACCGAUGUCCCGAAAGAAGUGCCGUUGGAAAGAAUACGGAGAGACGGUGCCGCCGUGUACGGGGAACACGUAGCGAAUAAACUACGAACUUACGAUGCGUUCACUCGAGCAGAUGUGGAGCACAAAAUAAACUGCAUUCUCCACGAAGCCGAUAUGCGCGUGCUUUAUCGAUCACGGUAGCAAUUUUUAUUCCUACGCCCUCGGUACGCUAUAUUUGUGAACGGUUUCCUGCUAAACCGUGAUUAAAUAUUUCCUAUAAUGAUUAAGUAUUUGCACUUGAUAAAGGACUGAGGUUUUUCUCCAGUGUAGGAUUGGACGCUUUCCGCGUCAUAUCGACGUCGACGAAUUUCCUUUUAACGCCCGUCUUUUCGCAGACGGUAAGAAAUCGAGGAAAGUCGGGGUCGUGCCGUAACUGCGCCUUUCGCGGAGAAAAACCGCUCGGCAGUUCCGCGAUACGCGUAUCCGGAACCCGCGAACCAAGUAACUCGGUCGUGACGACUCGUCGCCUUCGAUAUUCCGUUAAACCCAGUCGCAUUGGUCCGUGUUCCCUUAGAAGUACGUCCUGAAACGUAAAUGGAGCCUUUGUCGAAGAAUCUUAUAAAAAACGACACACCGUCCCGGUUAAAAAAAGAAAAAUCCGCCAAGCCUGCCCAACGCGACAAGGAGCGACAAAUACAGACCCAUACCUGUUAACCGUACGUUAACAUUCCGCAAGCCCCGCCGGUGCGAUAAGAGCGCGUGCGAUAACGUAAGUGUGCCUACAUCGUGGAGUCGCCCCGGUGGUCGGCCGCCCUGUAAUAUUACAAUAUCGCGUGGCGUUCGCGAACGGAAAGCUGCGCGACGUUACGCAACGUAUAAACGGAGUCGACUCGUGUCGACGACCGGGUUUUCUAAUUUUGCCUCUUUCCUCGUCAUUGCGCCGAUAAAGAGGAACAAAGGAGGCAAGAGGAGACCCAACCUAGCUUUGAAAAACCAUCGGGAACCUUCGUUCGAAUCAUUCAAUCGUCGACGAAAAUCCGAAGGCACCCCGGAACAUCGGUCGACGAAUCGAAAGGGAAAGCCGGAAUUCGGAUUUGGAUUUGGAUUUGGAUUUGGCACGAAGGAAGAAGAGAAAAGUCGACAUCGGUGCGAAUUGCGGAAUGCGGGGUGAUCCCUAACUGGCGAGGCGAGUCGAAAUCCCACCCACGUAACGAGUCCGGUCCUCGUGGAGUUUCUGGGUGGGUCUCCGAUUUAAAAUCGGCGCCGCCGCUCUUUCUUCCGCGCGCAACCGGUGACAUCACGGCGCUCGCACGAGCUCGUAACGUGAGCCCGAUGCUCGCGAGAGCGCCUUGCCGGCCGAUCCGCGACAAUGCCGUCUCUCCUCCUCGGGCCACUUUUAUUUCGCUCCAGACAUAAAUAAAUGAUCGCCCGGUGGCCUCCCGUACGUUCAAAGAUCGCGUUUCAGCACCGCAGGUACCGACCGCGCAAAGAGAGCGAACGAGCGAGCCUCUCGUCGGUUUUAAACUGCAUCGCGCACUAAACGUGUCACGGGAAAUAAAAAGCAGUCGCGGUGGUAGACAAUUUUAUUGAUUUCGUGGUUAGAUUUUCGUUGGCUUCCAAGUGGGAAUCGAGAACACUUCGACGUCCCUUUUCCACCGUUUGUACCGCGCGUCGUUGGAGACAGGGCUGAAAGGAACAGGAAAGGAACAGGAAAGGAUUAAUAAAUACCUUCGAGGACGAAUUUCUAACCGACGCGUC